AUUUUUUUGUCUUUAGCAAAAAAAAGGCUGCAUUUUUUGAUUCGAAACGUUUCAUCUGAAUGAACCACAAGACUUCCGGACAAAUCUGCCCAGGACAACGAGACCAAAGUAGAGAUAUUUACUUAUAACGCACAGCACAAUGUUUGAUGAAAACCACACAAACACUCAAACACCUCCCAACUGCUAAGCACAGUGGUGGAGGGCUGAUGGUUUGGGCUUGUUUUAACAGCCACAGGACUUUGGGUACCUUGCAGACUGACUCGACCGUCAGCUCCUCUGUAAAACAAAAGAUUCUAGAGGUAAAUCUGAGACCAUCUGUCCGACAGCUGAAGCCUGGACUAAACUGGGUCACGACGCAACAAAACAAUGAUCCCAAACAAAGUUGAGUCCCACAGAAUCUGAACUCAGGAACUUCUCUUCAAACAGGAAGUGAGGGGUUUUUAUAACUUGUCAUAUCYCCCCCAUAAAACAAUACAGACACGUGUGACGACCAGAUGUUUCUGUUUCAAGCACUUUCAGAAUUUUUUUCAAAGGUUUUUCCACACUGACUGGUUUUGCAUGAGUUUAUUAGCCACAAAAUCUAACAGAAGGUGUUCUAACAGUCACUUCACUGAAAAGAUUUCAACGUUUUAUUAUAUUACUAACGUAUAAUAGAGUUUGAACUAAAACGUUGAGGUAAUAUAAUUAUAAGAAGUUGAUGGAACAGCACAGAUGUAAUAAACCAUGCUUUUUAGUUUUGACCUGCCAUGUUGGCCGUUCAGCCGAAGCCCCUCAGUAACCUGGCUCAGACUUCAGAGUUUGGCUCGGGGCCCCCUGGAACACGUAUAUCAGUGCAGACCACAGCAGAUCCACAUCGCUGCUYCUGACAGACAAUGCGUCUCGUAACCGCUCAGAAAUAUACGUGCGGUGCAGAUACGUCGGCGCCGCACGUGUGUGAACCUCACCGUGUUUGUGCGAGCGUUGGUGCAGAGCUGGUGGCUCGCUAGGCUCACACAUGGCAGCAGGAGCACUUUGGACUGGUGAACCGAAAGGCACAGCUGCUUGGAAAGGGGGGCCUCUGUGGCAUUUCUGAGUCCUUUCUCCCUCCAAACACACACACACACACACACGCACACACACACCAGUAGAUACACUGCAUAUAGUAUAUACCCACAAAAUACCCUUCUUUCACUCACACCGCAGCAGCAUCCUGGUUGCACCUCCUGAUUGGUGAUUUUUCUUCCUCGUUAUAUUGACCUUUAUAUUUAUCAGCAGUCCCUGGAAGAGGAUUCUGGCUCAGGACAGGCAGCGAGGCAGAAUGGCGUGGGAAAGGCAGAGCGACCCCGGGCUCAGGUGGCAGCUGUGCUACGACUUCUCUGCCAGGUCAUGGUGGAUGGAUGAAUUUCAUCCCUUCAUUGAAGCCCUCCUCCCACAUGUCCGUGCCUUCUCCUACACCUGGUUCAACCUGCAGGCCCGCAAGCGCAAGUACUUCAAGAAGCACGAAAAGAGGAUGAGCAAGGACGAGGAGCGCGCCGUGAAGGACGAGCUACUGGGCGAGAAGCCCGAGAUCAAGCAGAAGUGGGCCUCGCGCCUGCUGGCCAAGCUCCGCAAGGAUAUCCGGCCCGAGUUCCGCGAGGACUUCGUGCUCACCAUCACGGGGAAGAAGCCCCCCUGCUGCGUGCUGUCCAACCCCGACCAGAAGGGCAAGAUCCGCCGCAUCGACUGCCUCCGCCAGGCCGACAAGGUGUGGCGGCUGGACCUGGUCAUGGUCAUCCUGUUUAAGGGGAGCCCCCUGGAGAGCACGGACGGCGAGCGGCUGGUCAAGUCGCCCCAGUGCUCCAACCACGGCCUGUGCGUCCAGCCGCACCACAUCGGCGUGACGGUCAAGGAGCUGGAUCUCUACCUUGCCUACUUCGUCCACACGCCAGAACAAUCCGGACAAUCAGACAACUCAAACCAGCAAGGAGACACAGACGUCAAACCCCCACCAAAUGGCCACUUGAGUUUCCAGGACUGCUUCGUGACUUCAGGGGUGUGGAACGUAGCYGAGCUGGUCCGUGUGUCACAGACCCCCGUGGCCACAGCAACCGGCCCAAACUUCUCCCUGGCAGACCUGGACAGUCCUGGUUAUUACAACAUCAACCAGGUGGCCCUGGGACGGCGUUCCAUCACCUCCACCCCCUCCACCAGGACUGAAAUGGAGCUUUAUGCAAGUCUCCCACGAAGCUCCAACAAGCGCAAGUCCAAUGACGACAGUGAGAUGGAGAGUCCGGUGGAAGAAGUGUUUUACUGCCGCUCACCUGCAGCAGGCAGCAGCUCUCAGUCCAGUGGGUGGCCCAAUGAUGUGGAUGCAGUGCAGCACCAUUUGGCCAGUGUGCAGGAGAGGAAGAUUAAGCAUGAGAGCGAUGGAGUGCAGUUUCCUUACCAUGGACUCCCAUCGCCUGGUUCUCAUAAGAAGCUGGGGAAAUUCGAUUUCAGCGCCCUGUCCUCCCAGACGAGGUCCCCCCGCAUGGCCUUCACCCACCACCCACUGCCAAUGCUGGCAGGAGUGAGACCAG